AUGGAGCCCGCAGAUGACGGCCUGGCCCAAGGCCAUGGAGCUGUAUUGGAACAAGGAGAAGGAGAAGGCGACAUGUCACCAGGACUGCGUCGAGACGUGGCCAUGGGGCGAACCGCCAGCUUGCCCUCCGCUCCAGCGCAGCGCGGCGCCGGCGUCGGCCCGCCCAGCUCGGCCGAGGAGGCGCGACUUCUGGCCGCGGUGGAGUCCGGCAGCCUGGACAAGGCGAUCCUCGCCCUGGAGGAGCGGCGGCUGAGGCUCCUCUGGGAGCGGCUGCCCGACCGCGUGGUGCUGCUGCGCCACGGCGAGUCCGAGGGGAAUGUUAACAAGGUGCUCUACACCAACAAGGGCGACAGCCUGCUCGAGCUGACCCCGCGGGGCCUGCAGCAGUCCAGGGAGGCGGCCGAGCGGCUGCGGGGCAUCGUGGGCACGAAGCCCAUCUUCGUCUGCUUGUCCCCCUUCGAGCGGACGCAGCAGACCCUGCUGGGCAUGUACAGCGGCGGCCUGCCAGAAGAGCAGGUGAUGGCGGUCCACGUCGAAGUCCAGAUUCGGGAGCAGGAGUUUGGCAAUUUUCAGGAGAUCGGGCUGAACGCGAAGGUGAGGGCCGAGGAGAAGCGCGUCGGACGCUUCUACUAUCGGCGCCCGAACGCCGAGAGCUCGGCCGACGUGCUUGACCGCGUGUCCCAGUUCUGGGAGAAGCUCCUGUCCGACGGCAACGACGCGUUGCUGCUGGGGCGCGGCGUUGACUACGGCACGUGCCUCGUGGUCACCCACGGGCUGACCAUCCGGCUGCUGUUGAUGAGGAUCCUGAACUGGUCGGUGGAGACCUUCCAGACGGUGUGGAACGUAGGGAACUGCCACCACUUCACCCUGCGGAAGGACGUCGCGUCGCGCUGCUACCGGCUGUGCGACCACGAGUCCUACCCGCCGCGGCGGCCGUGGGCCACCCGGCCAGUGUGGGUGGUGCUCAGGUCGCUGAGAGCCACGGAGGAGACGGAGAGAAAGCUCGCGAGGUUGGAGCGCUUCUACAACUCCGCGGAGGGCCGCGACCUGAUAGACACUGUGCACAGCGAGGCGGAGGGCGGCAACCCGGGGGCCUCCUGGACCGAGCUGGACCGCGCCAUCGACGAGCUGCAGAACAAGCAGCUCCGGGAGCGCUCGCGGUGCUACACGGUCGUCGACUAUUUGGGCAUACCCAUGCCGAGGACCCUGCAUACCAGCGAGGUCCUGGCUCGGCUCGUGCCGGGCCACGACCUGCGGGGCACGCCGGACGAGAUCAUGGCGAAGGCGCAGGCGCCAGAGAUGGAGGGCGGGCCGCUCGCCCCUGGAGAGGUGGAGUUCAUCGACUGGUGGGGGGACCUGGUCAGCUACCGCGGCAAGAUGCUCCGCACUAAGAGCGGGGCGGAGCAGCGGGAGCAAUGCAACAAGGGGUGCCUGGACAAUGGUGGUCAGGAGGACAUUGCCAGCGGCGCCGACCAGCUCACCCGCUACGCCCGGUCCAUGUCCAAGUACCGAGAGAAUUGGUGA